CUCAGGCUGCAUCUAAGCUGGGGGGGCAUGGCAGCUGCCCUUGGGGGUGGAGCCAAUGACUGACCUGCAAGCAUCGAAACAGAGGUACAAUGUAUCCCCCCGCCCCAUCUUCCCCGGCGCCCAUGAAAAUAAAAAUCUGAUCUACAGACUAGAGAUCCCUCUGAAUCCAUCCCUGCUCAUUGUGGAAGGUGCAUGAGACUCUCAUCUGGGAGCUGCCUGGACGCCAUGGAGCACAUCCGAAUGCCCAAGGUGGAAAAUGUCCGCUUGAUUGAUCGUAUAUCUUCCAGGAAAGCUGCACUGGGGACUCUGUAUUUAACAGCUACUCAUGUUAUUUUUGUGGAAAAUGUGUCUGAAACUCGUAAAGAAACCUGGAUUCUUCACAGCCAAAUUUCCUCCAUUGAGAAACAGGCCACAACUGCUACUGGCUGCCCUUUGCUGAUUCGCUGCAAGAACUUCCAGAUCAUCCAGCUUAUCAUACCUCAGGAAAGAGAUUGCCAUGAUGUUUACAUAUCUUUAAUACGUCUGGCCCGGCCAGUGAAAUAUGAAGAGCUCUACUGCUUCUCAUUCAACCCAAAAUUAGAUAAAGAAGAGCGAGAACAAGGAUGGAAGCUUGUGGGCCUCAAUAAAGAAUAUAAUCGGAUGGGCGUUCCAAAUAACUAUUGGCAGAUCAGUGAUGUAAACAGAGACUACCAAGUCUGUGACUCAUACCCUACUGAAGUGUACGUACCAAAAUCUGCAACUGCACACAUCAUUGUGGGGAGCUCUAAAUUCCGGAGCAGAAGACGUUUCCCAGCCCUUUCCUACUACUGUAAGGAUAACAAUGCCUCAAUCUGCAGGAGCAGCCAGCCCUUGUCUGGCUUCAGUGCUCGGUGCCUUGAGGAUGAACAGAUGCUACAGGCCAUCAGAAAGGCAAAUCCUGGAAGCAAUUUCAUAUAUGUUGUUGACACUCGGCCUAAACUCAAUGCAAUGGCAAACAGAGCAGCAGGGAAAGGAUAUGAGAAUGAAGACAAUUACUCCAACAUCAAGUUUCAGUUCAUUGGUAUUGAGAACAUCCAUGUCAUGAGGAGUAGUCUGCAAAAAAUGCUAGAAGUUUGUGAGCUGAAGUCCCCUUCUAUGAGUGACUUCCUCUGGGGCCUGGAGAAUUCUGGCUGGCUAAAACACAUCAAAGCCAUCAUGGAUGCGGGCAUCUUCAUUGCAAAGGCUGUGGCAGAGGAAGGCGUGAGUGUUCUGGUUCAUUGCUCAGAUGGCUGGGACAGAACAGCUCAGGUUUGCUCUGUAGCAAGCCUUCUAUUAGAUCCAUUUUACAGAACUAUGAAGGGAUUUAUGGUAUUAAUUGAAAAAGAUUGGGUUUCCUUUGGGCACAAAUUUAAUCACAGGUACGGCAAUUUAGAUGGAGAUCCAAAAGAGAUAUCCCCAGUUAUUGAUCAGUUCAUCGAGUGCGUUUGGCAGCUAAUGGAACAGUUUCCCUGUGCCUUUGAGUUCAAUGAAAGAUUUUUGAUCCACAUACAACAGCAUAUCUAUUCCUGCCAGUUUGGUAACUUCCUGUGUAACAGCCAGAAGGAGAGACGAGAGCUGAAAAUUCAAGAACGAACAUAUUCACUUUGGGCUCACUUGUGGAAGAAUCGUGCAGAUUACGUGAAUCCUCUGUAUAGAGAAGACCACAGUCAGACCCAGGGGACAUUGCGCCCACAGACAGCUCCCUGCAAUUUCUUGUACAAGUUCUGGAGUGGUAUGUAUACCCGCUUUGAAAAGGGGAUGCAUCCCCGGCAGUCAGUUACUGAUUACCUGAUGGCAGUGAAAGAAGAAACUCAGCAGUUAGAGGAAGAGCUGGAGGUCUUAGAACAGAGAUUGGCAGAUCUCAAAAAAGUGCAGUUAAACAAUAGAAAAGAAAACUCUAAGCAACAAGACCAAAACACACAUUUAGGGCUUUCUACUUCUAACAACAGCAUAGCUAAUACACCCCAGGAUUACAUUAACAGUGUGAAAUCAUUCCCAUCCCGGAGCCCUUCACAAGGAGACGAAGAAGACUCAGCCCUGAUUCUGACCCAGGACAACCUGAAAAGCUCUGAUCCUGACCUAUCAGCCAUCAGUGAUCAGGAGUCAGGUGUGGAAGAUUUGAACUGCAGGUCCCCAAGCGGUGGUUGCCUGCCUAGUGAAGAUAGUGGCAAAGAUUCAGAUGAAGCGGUGUUUCUCACAGUCUGAAAUGACAUCUGUUCAUCAGAUGAAGAAUAGGGACUGUCCUUGAACAUUUUUAAAAAAAAAUUCCAAAGAAAAGGAGCUGUGCAAUUGUGUAUGUAAAGGUCCAGGCAGAACAAGCACUUAAUAGCUGUAAUAAGACACAAUGUUAAAGAAAGGUAAUCUCUGCUAUUAUGAACAUUUAUUUAAGCCCCUUGCGGUUGCUUCUUUUAACCUUAUCAGAGCCAUACAGAAUUAUUCAUUUAUUUUUGCUUUCCAAAUGUUAUUUUUAUAUUUCCAUAAUUAUGCGUACUGUACAUAACUGUGUUUUUGUUGAGUAUUUUUGCCUUGAAGGUAGCUGUGUACAUUGUGGAAAUAUUGGGUUUGUUUCUUAAAAUUUUCAAAUUUAACAAUUUUAUGAAAAUUUUUCUAUUAAAAUCCUUUUAGCAAAGUAAAAGUAGAACUGAAGGAAGCAAAUGAACAGGAUUACUUGGGUGCGUAAAUGGGACCCUGACCCUCCAGUUGGAUCUGUGUGGGUAGGUCUUUGAGUAAAACUGGAAGAAUAUAAAAAUAAACGCACAAACAUUUUGGUAAACCAUGACUUUGCACUGAAUGAUAGGCAUCAGAGUUUACUUUAUUUAUGAUUUGUAUUACCAUAGCUCCUAGGAGCCCAAGUCAUGGAGCAGGACGCAACUGUUCUAGGCAUUAUAUAAACAUAGAACAAGGACAGUCUCCCCCCAAGGGUCUUACAAUCUAAGUAACAAAUAGCUUUGUUGUUUUUCUAGCCUUUACAUAGUAUUAUUUCUAUAAUCAUUCCAAAACAGACCAAAAAAGGGCAAUUUUUAAAGACCACAGGUAAAAUUUUCAAAAGUGCCUAUGUCCCAUUGACUUUCAAUGAGACUUAGGGUAAAAUUUCCAAAAGCACCUAAGGGCCUAAAUUACUUUUUAAAAUAUUUCCCCAAAACUGAAGUUAAAGGGAUACUUUCAGUAGACUAGGCCCAGAAAUUAGAUAUUGCAAAAAAUAUUUUCUCAAAUCCUAAUACUGAUAGAAAUGUCUUGUUUUAAAAUAAAUUCAAUGAAGACAUUUUCAUCUGAAUGUAAACUUUCUCUUGCUGUAUUUGCCAACCCAAACAUGGUUGAAUAUUACUAGGACAUAAACCCCUUAUGUGAAACGGACUAGAAAUAAGUAAUUUAUUUUCAUUGAAUGAAAUGGAAAAAAGCAACAAAGUAUGCUGUUUAAAAUGAUUUUUUAAAACAUCUAUCCAUUUUAAUAACUUAACAUCUUAUUAGUAACAAAGGUCUGGAAAUAUGCAAUUUUAAAAAAUUAAAACUCUGUUUGAAACCAGUAAAAUACUAACAUUUUUGAUUCUCUUGUUUAUACUAAAUUACUUUACUUUGUCUUUUAUUUUAUGUGCCAGCAUUUACAAUUGAAUAAUUUAAAAAUCUUCUUGAAGUCCCUUUGGGCUUGAGCUAUAGUUGAACAUAAAAUGGUAAAAGGUGCAAGUUUGCUUUAGUUAUAUUUCUUGUUAAUCUUUCAAGAACAGGUUUUACAGGCAGAGUUUGCCUAGUCAGAUGCCAUAGCUAUUCCUAAAUUUGUUGAUUUUUAAUAUAUUUCUAGUAAUCUGGUCCACUUUUGUAGGAAAGUUUUCAUUCGGAUAAGCAGCUUUGUGUGUAAAAAGACCGGCUAGCCCCCAGCCUCAUAGGAGAGCUGCCAUAAUUGGACAAAAGCAUAACUUGCUCUUAUUUUAGCAUUAAACUGAAUGACCAGAUCCUCAACUUGAAUAAAUCCUUGUAGCUCAAUUGAAGUAAAUGGAGCUAUGUCAAUUUAUACUGUGCUGAGACUCUGGCCCUAUAUAUAUUUUAAAAUGUUUAUGCAUUUUUAAUAAAUGAAAGUCCUGAUUUUAAUUGUACUUUGAAAAAGUGUAUUUCACAUUUUGAACAUAAACUUUACAGCCUAUGAUGUUAAAGGAGAUCUUGAAUGAGUUUUCUUGAAGAAAUAUACACACAACAAGAACAACGAUGCAAAUACCUACACAACGAGAACAAGUGAUGCAAAUACAUUUAAAAUACAAAAGAAUAGUAGUUUUCAGAGAUUCUGGCAAUAUCGUUGCACAUUAAAAUGUAACAUUGCAGAUUAUGGUGUUACUCUGGGUGGUUAGACAUAUCUAGAAAUAGAUGCAAAACUUAAGUAUGUUAUAUAUGCAAAAUGGAAGCACUAGCUUCAUGUUGCUUGUGAAAUUAUUGUAAUGAUCUUUAUAAGUAAAAUAUGACUGUUUUAGACACCCAUCUUUAUAGAGCAGUUCCCAUUUGUAUACCUUACAGUGCCUGGAACUUUGGUUUAGUCAUUUUCAUUGUAAAUGUGUGUGUUGUAGCAUUAUACCAGCCUGAUGAAAAAUACUUUAAAAAAAUAAACUGCAACUGUUGCAUGUUGUUGAGUCACAUUAGUGCAUUAAAGAGAGGCUUGCUCACACAGCUUUGUAACAUAAGGCUUAGGAAAUUCAAGAGGCAUAUCAAUUGGAAUGAGAGAUUCCUCCCCCCCCCCCAUGUUCUCCUACAUCAGAUAGUCAUUAUCUCCAUUUUUGCGGAAGACAGACGUGGCCACUAUUAUGAAAUCCUGUUUUAGUCCCCCUAUAACUGUUGCAUGACUACUCUGUAAUUUGAGACACAACACAAUGAGUAUGAUGGGAGGAAGAAAUAAAUUAAAAUAACCAUGUAAUAUAGGUUAACUGUUUAUUGUGGCAGAUGGUUCCAACAGUGAAAUCCUGUUAAAAUCAAUAACCUCGUUCCCAUUGAGUUUAUUGGAGCCAUGAUUUCACCCAUCUUUAAUUUAAUAAUAAUAAAAAAAAUCCCUAAAAGCUGG